UCACUUUCUCGUAAUUCUCCUACCCAGCCAGCCAGCCAGCCACACACACACACACACAAGAAGAUACGCAUGGACAUAUAUUAAUGCACAUAGCAAAUAAGGCUUAUUUCUUGCGUAUGAUAUUUACUACACUGUUCUAGACAAUUAACUUAUUCAGAUUAAGAAGGUUCUGCAACUGAGGCCUAAAACUGGCAAACUUUUUCUUCAACGGGACCAGGAUUACUUGCUGUGAAGCUUCUACAGAGAAGCUGCAGGGUCUAGCACUCUGGCCUACCCUCAAUUGGAAUUUCGCUGCUCCUUGAGAUGGGUUAGGGAUGAAGCAAGAAAGGCAGGACUUGAUUCUUCAUUCCUUGGAUAUCUUUAUUCUUCUUUGGAUUCAACAGAUUGGAAUCUAUCAUUGCUUUGGCAGCUGCCUAUUGAUUAUGGCUAAUAAGAACCGGUGUGAAUUUUGACUGUCAAGAAUUCUUCUUUAUAUUUCUAUCAAUCUGCUCAAGGCUCAUUGUAUUCCAAGAUGUAAGAUCUUUUCUUCAGUUAAUUUUAAGGCACCGGUAGAAGAAUUAGUAGAAGGAAACAGCAGAUAUAUUGAAGGAGGGACAUCUCUGGUUUUUUGUAUAUAUAUUGAAGAGGACUUACUUUUCAGAAUGGCUUGGCGCAUUUUCUUUUGUGGGCUUGUUGGGAGUUCUAAGAAAGUUAAGGGAGGAAAUAAAUCUCCAGAAACAGCUGAUAAUGGAAAGGGACUUAAAACUUUACAUGUAAAGAUCGAGGCACCCUCUAAAUCUUCUGAAAAUGACCAGGUGAGAUCAACUUCUUUCAACCUUCCAGUACCUUUUGCCGUUCCUGGAGCUGCGAGGUGUAAGGUCAAGGUAAUGAAUCAUGAGAGUCCUGUUGGGAGAGAAACUGAAGAUGUAGCUUAUGAGGGGGAAGAUGAGGAUGACGAAAAUUUGUCGAUGAGGCGGGAAAACUCUGAUCUUGAUCUUCAAGCUCAUGCUGGCUGCUCAAAUGAAGAGGCUGAUCGACUUGUUAAAGAGAUGAAUCUUUACAACACUUUUGGCACAGAUUUGAGCAACCAGUGUGAGAGAACUGAAAAAGAUAUAGAGGCUAGGGAGAUUUCAAAAAGUGGACACCUAAGUGAUCCAGGAAUUGGUAAAGCUGCGUUUUGGGCUUCCCCGAAGCUUGUGCGGUCCUGCUCUGACUUGGGAACUAGGGGUAUGCUCAACAAAGUGGCUGCACAGUUUCCUCCUACAAAAGCUCAAUCUUAUGAAGAAUUGCAAAAAUUAGCUGAGAAAUUGAACGAAGAAGUUCUUCAAGUGAAUCCAGCAAGUCCACUUUCUGUGAGGACACGUUGUAGUGCUGACAGGGUGAUCCUGAAGAAGCAUUCAUCAAGUAAAAUACUACCUUCUAGAAGUCGAAAAUUGUGGUGGAAACUGUUCCUUUGGAGCCAUAGGAAUCUCCACAGAGUAGAGGUUUCUAGACCACCUCCACUUUUGUUAAAUCCGGCCUUGAACCAGCAAGGAGGCUACUGUUCAGAUACUCUAGAACCAACGAGAGCUGUAGACUUGAGCAAAGUGGAAUCACCUAAUUUGUUUACUGAAGAGCGGUUGAAAAAUGUCAUCUGUGACAAUGACGACCAGAGGUGGGAUGGCUUUCAUGGAGUCUCUGGUUUGUUGCCACAAAAUCAGUGGGUUGCUUUCCCUGGGGAAUCUUCCACGAUGGCAAGAGCGGAUGAGUGGCCACUGAAUCAAUGGGUUGAUUUCCCUGGGGCGUCUUCCAGGAUGUCAAGAGUUGAUGAAUGGGUGAAAGGGCUUUUGGUGCAAACUCCUGUCCCAGUUGAGAAAGAUGAUCAAACUGAAGAUAAAACUGAUCUCGUAGGCACUCCAGAAGCUGGAAGAUCACCAAGGAGGAGUUCAUCUCCUGUGCUCCUGCAUCCAACUUUUAACGUCCCAGAGGAGAUCGCGCAUGCCAACAGUGUCAUACAAUCUCUGAACUCUUCCUCAAAAGUUGCUCAUAUUGUGGGAAUUGGACUAAAAGUGGUUCCCCACCUCUCGAGCUUCAAUAGUCUUCGAUCUGUUAACUUAUCUGGCAACUUAAUAGUUCAUGUAGCUCCAGGGUCACUGCCAAAGGGUCUCCAUACUCUCAACUUGUCCAAAAACAAGAUCAGCACAAUUGAUGGUCUUAGAGAAUUAACCCGAUUGCGGGUGCUUGAUUUGAGUUACAACCGAAUCUCAAGAAUUGGGCAAGGUUUGUCAAAUUGUACGCUUAUCAAGGAGCUCUAUCUUGCUGGAAACAAGAUAAGUGAUGUGGAGGGACUGCAUAGGCUCUUGAAGCUGACAGUUCUGGACUUGAGCUUCAACAAGAUAACUACAUCAAAAGCACUUGGCCAGCUUGUGGCCAAUUACAACUCCCUGCUAGCUUUAAAUCUACUAGGAAAUCCAAUUCAGACUAAUAUUGGUGAUGAUCAGCUACGGAAAACUGUCUGCAGUAUUCUCUCAAAGUUAGCUUUUCUCAACAAGCAGCCUAUCAAUCCUCAAAAAGCACGGGAGGUAGGCAAAGAAGGCAUUGCUAAAGUUGCACUCGGCAACAGCAGUUGGAGUUCUCGUAAAAAAGCAGCAAGGAAAGUGACCCAAGGGGGUUCAUCUUCCUCUGGUGUUCAUAGGAGCAGUGCAAGUGUUGCGUAUAAAAACAGGCACAAGUCAAAAAGCCGCAUACAGUCUCAUCCUACCACAAAGGCCAAGUGAAUCCUGCAUCUUCACCCUGUUAUAUCCUUGUCUAGCCAGGUUAUCCAAAAAUGCCCUCUCUUCCGGUGGGCAACAUUGAGAGCUUGAGGUUUCUUUUUCAUUUUGUUUCAAGUUGGAGUGUUUGAUGUUACCAACCAGGUGUUUUGCUUAUGUUGUCUGGAUCCUUUUUUUUUCCCUUUUCAUGUUUAUGGUCAUUGAGUAUCUUGACUAUUUUGUCUGUCUGUUAAGCUCGAUUUGUUUCUAAAGAAUCUGAUCUUCAGAAUGAUUGGCAUCGCAA